AUGCCAAGAGCUGUACCUCUGGAUAUUGAAAAGAAAAGAGAAGUGAUUCCCGUGAAAACAAUUGAAAGAUCCAUAGAGUGUCUUCUCCUCACUGUCAUGUCCUAUGACCGCUAUCUGGCCAUUUGCAAUCCACUUCAUUAUGGGUCUAUUAUGAAUGUCAAGCUUUGUCUGUCCAUGAGCCUUUGGUCUUGGGGUUUAGCAUUUAUUGUUGCUUUAGUUUUAGAUCUUUUAAUAAGUCACUUGCAGUUCUGUGGCCCAUUUAUAAUAGACCAUUAUUUUUGUGACUUUGCUCCUCUUCUUGAGCUUUCUUGCUCAGACAUCACAGUUGUGCAACUAACAGAUGUUAUUUUUACCGUACCUUUCAUUCUUACUCCUUUUUGCUUUAUAAUAUUUACUUACAUUUCCAUUGUGCUUGCCAUUCUCAGAAUCUCUUCUUCCACUGGAAGACACAAAGCCUUCUCCACUUGCAGCUCCCAUUUAAUUGUUGUGUGCACAUACUUUGGAUCUCUGAUAACCCUUUAUAUGGUACCAUCCAAAGGACAUGGAUUUAAUAUGAAUAAGAUCCUGUCUCUUCUAUAUACAGUUGGGACACCAUUUUUCAAUCCUGUUAUAUACAGCCUGAGAAACACAUAUAGCUUUGACAUGUCACACAAUGCUUUACCAAGAAAGAUCAACAUAUACAGUAUAGUGUUUUGA